CCUCUGUCCAUUCUGACAGGUAGUAUAGAAUACUGUGUAAUGGAGCCCACCACCUAUGGAUAUUUAAUCUUACUAUCGUCCUCCUCCACACACCCGUAUGCUCUGUUUCCCCCAUUUACAUUCUCUCUCUCUCUCCAUCGCCAUUGUUGCUUCUGAAGUUCUUCCCUCUGGUUAUGAGUACUUAGAUUUGAAGCCACGGAGCAGCUGUAGAACAUCUAAGAUCUGAUUUUACUGGCGGAUGAGAUCAACGCACUGACUGGUAUCUCUCUGUCAAUCAUUUUCCAAAGAACUAAGCUGGACCGCAAACUCCUUUCUACCGGUGGUGGUAUCGCCGCUGAGAAAAGCAAAUAAGGUUAAUAUGGAUAUUGAGAGGGACAACAUUCCAGGAAGUUUUAUGGAACUACUGAACAUGGUUGAGCAGCCCAUGUCAAAUUUCAAUCAAGAAAACACUAUGAACUCAGUACCAGAAGAAAGUUCGUGCUUUUCUGAUAGACCAUAUUGUUCAGAAGACACUGAUGUACUUUCGAGACCUAACUUAAGGGUUGACACUUAUGAUUAUGUCGAUGACUCAAAUGAAGUUCAGUCCAGUCUUGAAUGUAUGAAAGAAAAAGUUGCGAUUGCUGAUAUGAUAUCUGCCCCUGAAAAUCUUGACGAGCAGUACUUAUUUUCUGCAUACAAUGUUCAGAUUGAGGAGUCAGAUUCUAAUGAACGAUACCUUGAAGGAGGACAAGUUGGAGCUGUGGAACACGGAAUUAGAAGUUUUUGUGAAGACACAUCUGUUCAAAUGUUAAGGCCGGUUGUUGGUAUGAAGUUUUCAUCAAAGGCAGAAGCAUAUGACUUCUACAAUACAUAUUCUUGGGUGCUUGGUUUCAGUAUUCGGAAUGGUGAUAAUUAUAUUAAUUGCAAUGGCGUACAGACAAUGCAGGAAUUAAUUUGCCAACGAGCACCCAGAUCCCCACCGGCCAUGCUGGCGGCGAGAACCCUGAGACGGACAAGCGACUGUGCCUCCACCUUCCAGAUGACGCCUCGCCGCAAGAAGAAGACGCGGGGACUUGGAUGUUGACCAUGACGACGGCGUCCUUCUCGUGUGGUUCGAGUUCGAGCUCAAGGCCGAGGUGGCUGUCCUUGGGGACGCACUCCUCUUCGACAGUCUGACUCAUCGUAAAUGGCAGGACGCACCACGUGUCUUACUAGCCGGACGCGUCCUUCGACGGCGCACAACGGCGUCAUGCGACGACAGGACGCUACAUCAGCCGAGGACUGGCCGCCGAGUCAGUGUCCCCUCCACCCAGCAUGGUACAUCCCGUUCCUCUUCUUCUACCCAUACUCCGGUGGCUGCAGCGUCAGAGGUCAUGAACGUGACUUGAUCGAUUCCUUGAUUCCUUCUCUAGGUGCAAGCAAAGUAGCAAACACACACGUACACAGUUUACGAGCCGCCAGCUAGCUUGAACAAAUUGAUCUCUCACCGGAAAACGCACUAGAACACCACACACAAGUAGGCGACAGAGGAUACUUGUGGUGCGGCGCCGGACGACAGACUAUAGUUAGUCUUUUUUUUUUUAAGGGUUUAUAGUUCUUCUUUGGAGGAUUUAUUUUGUUAUUUUACUGAUGCAUGAGCAAGUAACCAUCAUUCAUAUUGACAAGACAUUGCAAUCUCUCUUACUCAGGUAUGUAGUUCUGUAAUGAUGUUUGAGUGAUACUGAAGAAAAUGAUCUAUGAGCAAGUCACCCUUGCUUACCUUUUCAGCCAGGCAGCCACCUCCAUUUUCUAUCAUUCUUAACACUAUUAUUUUGAUUAAUGUGUUGUUUGCAGACAUAUAUGUGUUACAUAUAAUAGUCAAAUGAAAUUGUCGUGCAAGAUCUACAUAUUUUUCUUUAAUGGAUUGAUGUGGAACAGGAUUGUGGCAUAGUAUUGAUCUCAUUAUUUGGAUAUACAUGUUUAUCACUCAGAUUAUGUCUCCUUAAACAGGCACAUAUUAAACUUAAUUGAAGUGCCAUGUAUGUCUUGUAUGGGCCUCUAGCAGCAUGGCUUGGUGUCCUUUAAGUUGCCAUUUAUGUCAUAAUUUUCUAUGCUUGGAAAAUAUUAAGUUCAUCAAUUUGUAGUAAAUUCAUGGUAUUCUGCCUAAAUUAACUCUCAUUGUGCAUUGCAGGCUCUACUUAAUAGUCCAAAUGAAAGAUAGAUAAAAACAGAUGUAGAACUAGCAUCCAUUUUGAACCAUAUGUUUGAUACUGCAGCCCGUGUUCAAGAACUAUUGUACUGCAAACACAAGGAAGGAUGUGCAGGCUGGUAUUGUCUCCUUGAAACCACUCAAAUAAAGAGGACUCUCAAGGUUAUUUUCUGGAGCUGGGGUCCCUUGGUGAUUCUUGAUUGUAGCUGAGAUAACCAUAGCUGAAAAUCUCUAUAUUAAUGAAAGUUGAAGUGUUGUCACAUUCAGAAGAAAAAAAAAGGUACAAUUGGUCUUUCUUAGUUGAUAGCAUUUGAUAUAUGCCAUAUGCUAAUUAAUGCUUGGCUGCCACUGUUCUAUGCUUUGAUGCACAAUCCAAUAUUUCACAGCAAUGUGAGAUAAUGAAUGUGAAUAUUCCUCUUCGACA